GUCUAUGAGUAGAGUUCGGGAUCGUCGGUCGCAAUCAACUGGUCGCUCCUGGUGGUGCAACUGGCCAUAGCCCCCGCGCAGAGCAGGUUCCCCAGGUUCGGUUCGUUGUCCUGCCACCAAUACCAAGCAGUGUCUGUGUCGGUGUGUGUGUGUGUACCGUGCCAGGUUGACCCCCGGGGGUUCUUUGCACACUCUUACAACAAAGUCGCGCCAGGAAGUAGGCAGCAGCAUCAACAGAAGAAGAUCUACGGGCUGGUUCCAAGUCUAGCCGUCGAGGGCAGUUUACCAGUGAAUUUGGUGCAAAAUGGAACCCGUAUUAAAGUGACAUAAAAGUGUGUGCCGUAUUCCAAAGUGUUUCCCACUAAGCUCAAAAGUGUUCCUCGUCGUACCAUUAGUCUAGUCUCAAUGGUGACUCCAAGUUGUCCUAAUCGACGCUAGUGUUAGUCUUACUAGAGAAAUCAAAAUCUAGCACAAAAUCAUCACACAAACAAGUCUCCCCCUUCCACAACCAAACAAAAAUGGAUAAAAGCAUAGUGCCGGCGGACGGAAACCCGGCGGCCAGCAACCUGCCCACGUCGACGGUGCUCCUGCCGGACGAUGUGCUCGAGAAGCUGUACCAGAGCUACGCCCUCAAACAGAAACGGGUCGCCUUCGGGUGCUAUCUGGCCGCGUCGAUACUGUUCGACGUGUGGGCCAUCCUGGUGCCCCAGGGCCAGGGCUGGGAGAGCAUAGUGGUAACGAGCGUGUUCCUAACCCUGAACGUCACGCUGGCGGCGAUACUGCGCUUCUGCGGCAAGAGCCGCUUCCGGGGCUUCAUCUGGGAGGUGGCUCCGCACGCGGCCUGGCUGCUCGCCAUCAAACAGCUCUUCCUGCAGCUGUUCCUCAAAGGAUCCGUCACGCCGAGGGAUUCCCUCGGCUGGGCGGUGCUGCUUAAUUUUUUAGUGUACGUCACCCUGCCGGUCCUGCUGAAGUACACCGGCAUCCUGCUGGGGCUGGGAUCGUUCGCAACCUAUGUCAACGCCAUCAUUGGGCUGGCCAAGAAGGAGAACUAUUUCUGGGAACAGCAAAUUGCCAACAUCCUUCUGCUGGUAGCGGCCACCGCCAUCGGGCUGCUCGUCUACUUCCUAGCCGAAGCCAAACAACGAAGAGCUUUUCUCGAAGCAAAGCAGGGCCUAGAGGUGAAGAUGCUGAUCGAGGAGCAGUCGGCCGAGCAGGAACGAUUACUCCUAUCGGUGCUGCCCGAGCACGUCGCGGUGAAAAUGCGACAAGAUCUAGGAUCAACAAACUCGGAGCAGUUCAAGAAAAUCUACAUGAGUCGUCACGAAAAUGUCAGCAUUCUGUACGCGGAUAUCGUCGGCUUCACCGCCAUCUCGUCCACCUACUCGGCCCAGGAUUUGGUGAAAAUUUUGAACGAACUUUUCGCACGUUUCGACCGCUUAGCUGAGAAAUACCAGCAAUUAAGGAUAAAGAUCCUGGGUGAUUGCUACUACUGCAUCAGCGGCGCUCCCGUGGAACGUCCGGACCACGCCGUCCUCUGCGUCCACAUGGGACUCUCGAUGGUGAAAGCUAUCAAAUAUGUCCAGCAGAAGACCAACUCGCCCGUUGACAUGCGGGUCGGAAUCCACACGGGGGCCGUCCUAGCGGGGAUCCUUGGCCAGCGCCAGUGGCAGUUUGACGUGUACUCGAAGGAUGUCGAGCUCGCCAACAAGAUGGAGUCCAGCGGGAAGGCCGGACGGGUUCAUCUGUCGGAGAAAACGCUCAGCUUUCUGAACGGGGAGUUCGAGGUGGAGCCCGCGUUCGGUGAGAAGCGCGAGGAAGCCCUGCGGAUAGCCGGGCUGAAGACGUUUUUCAUCAGUAAAGUAUUGAAGCCGUUCUGCGCUGCCGAACACAGGAUGAACGGUUCCGCCGACCCGAAGGACGUCGUCAUAGAACCGGAUGGCCCAUCCGAGGUAUCCCAGGACGACCCCGACAACGAUCCCAAGACCCCAGCCGACGAGGAGUCCAACGCCGGACUGGACGACGCCAAGUCGGACGACAACUCCGCCGAGGAGUACAAGGUGCGGCUGCGGAAGGAGCUGGUCAGCCGCGAUGGGCACCGGGAGAUCUACAAGGACAUCAACGUGCUGCUCCGCUUCAAGGACGACACCAUCGAGCAGGCCUACGGACUGUACCGCCAGCCGCAGAGUUCGGUGCCGCUGCUGGGCGGACUCAUCGUGCAGUUCAUCGGGCUCGUCUUCUCCAUUCUAGUUCUUCCACGCACCGCGUUGCACUUUGAGAUCGUAAUACCGCCGCUGAUAAUUAUUGCCAUUCUUGUUUUCAUCUCGGUGGCGGAGAAUUUCCCCGGGAGUCUGCCGGCGUUCAUCACGUUAAACAGCAAACGUUUCAACGACUGCCUCGGACUCCGCAAGUCGACGGCCAUCAUAAUCGUCCUGCUCAUCGGAAUAUCAAACGCCAGUGAUAUGCUGGCCUCCUCCGGCAGGACUGCGCUGCACCUGAACGUGACCAACGCGUCCCUGCUGUCCACCGAGAUGCAUCCGGCGACCAUCUGUCUGUUCCCGUCGUACUUUAGCAACUUUGCCGUGCUCAUCCUGAUUGCCGUGUCCAUCAUCACGCAGCUGUCCCAUCUGAGCAAAAUCGCAUUAAUGGUCAUUAUCACCGCCAUUCAUUGCUACAUCAACGUUUUCCACCUAGACGAAGCAUUCCGGAACGAGGAUUUCGGGAUUUUGAAUGUAUUUCCACUGAGGUACACGCUGUCCGCGCUGCUGGUCGCCGUGACGAUUGCGCUGUCCCUGUUGGCACGACACAUCGACAAGGUCGACCGGGUGAUCUUCAUGUGGAAGACGGAGGUGAGCGAUCAGAAGGAGCGCGCCUCGGACAUGCGGCGCCGCAACGAAGCGCUCGUGUACAACGUGCUGCCGAUGCACGUGGCCGAGCACUUUAUGGGCAACAAGAAGCGCUCCCACGACGACCUGUACUCGCAGAGUUACGCCGAGGUGGGGGUGCUGUUUGCCAGCAUGCCCAACUUUUCCGACUUUUACUCGGAGGAAACGGUCAACAAUCAGGGCCUGGAGUGUUUGCGGUUUCUCAACGAAGUGAUAUCGGACUUUGAUGCGCUUCUCGAGUUGCCCCAGUUCCAGGACAUCAUCAAAAUCAAGACAAUCGGCUCGACGUACAUGGCAGCCAGCGGGUUGAACCCGUCACGAAUCGUCAAACCGGAGGAUCCAAUUUCACUCCGAUGGGCUCACCUGGCGCUGCUGGUGGAGUUCGCCCUGGAGCUGAAGAAGGCCCUGCAGGGCAUCAACGAACAAUCGUUUAAUCACUUUGUGUUGAAGAUGGGCGUCAACCACGGGCCGAUUACGGCUGGAGUGAUUGGCGCGCGGAAGCCGCACUACGAUAUCUGGGGAAACACGGUGAACGUGGCGUCUCGGAUGGAGAGUACCGGCAAGGCCGGAGCUGUGCAGGUGACCGAGGAAACCUGCCAGAUCCUGCAGACCUUCGGGUACACCUUCGAGCAGCGUGGCCUAGUCGCGGUCAAGGGCAAGGGCCAACUGAUGACCUACUACUUGCAGGGCAAGGUGCCCAAGAACGCGUCCCCGAUCCUUCCGGUGACCACGAUGGAGACGGUCCAGGAGGUCGAAGAACCCAAAGAGUCCCCACCGGCCCUAGCCCCCUCGGAAUCUCCCGCCCACCAGAUCACGUCGGUGUCGUCGAGCACCACCAGCCCCAACAGUGUCCGCCUGAACCAGGAGUACGUGGAGAUGAAGGUGAGCAGCAGCAGCACAUCGAAUGCGGUACCAGCAAUCACCGUGAACGAACAGAACCACCAGCUUGUGACUGAACAGAAGCAGCAAUCCAGUAAAGAAUCGAAAGCCGGAGAUGGUGUCUCCUCCAGUGGGGACGGAAAACCACCGCUGUUUAACGGUGAAACCGAAGACGCGGACGUCAAGACGCCCCUCCUGAACGAUAAAAACAGCACAAACGCCAAUCACUUUAGCGAAGGGGAGAAGGACGCACUUCUGGAGAAUAGUAAUUAGAUGGGUUAGGUAGAAUGAUACGAUGAUUAUGCUGCCAGGGUGGAUACUGGGUGAGAUAAAUCGACUUGGGCAAUGGAUUGCAUUUUUAUUCUUGGUUUUGUUCGAAAUAACAUUGAAGAUCUUCGGACUUGCAUAAUCGGAUCUGAAAUCAUGUUUUUCUCUACGUUUUAGCAUACUUUACAAGUCUUGCUGAAAAACGAUUGGAACAAAACUAACUUUGUACAAACAUCCUAAAUAUUUUAAAAACAAUAAUAAACUUACCACGAUUUUUCCGUUUAAAAUCCAAUUGAGAAAUAUGUUUUUAA